CGCUGCCACCACCCCAGCACCUUCCUCUCUGCAGCCACGUCAGCCGCAUCCAGUGAUGGGGAAAGUGGCGGCAGCGGCCUUGGGGGCCGAGGUGGGCGUGCGGAUCGCGCUGUUUGCGGCCUUCCUGGUAACAGAGCUGCUCCCGCCCUUUCAGAGGCUCAUCCAACCCGAGGAGAUGUGGCUUUAUCGGAAUCCGUACUUUGAAGCAGAGUAUUUCCCUACCAAGCCGAUGUUUGUUAUUGCAUUUCUCUCUCCGCUGUCUCUGAUCCUCCUGGCCAAAUGUCUCAAGAAGGCAGACACAGCAGACAGCCAACAAGCCUGCCUGGCUGCCAGCCUUGCUCUGGCUCUAAAUGGUGUCUUUACCAACACAGUAAAACUGAUAGUGGGGAGGCCCCGCCCAGACUUCUUCUACCGCUGCUUCCCCGAUGGCCAAGCCCACCCUGACUCCGUGUGCACUGGCGAUAAGGACGUGGUCAACGAGGGCCGGAAGAGCUUCCCCAGUGGACAUUCUUCCUUCGCGUUUGCUGGUCUGGCCUUUGCAUCCUUCUACCUGGCAGGGAAGCUGCACUGCUUCACGCCACGAGGCCGAGGAAAAUCUUGGCGGUUCUGUGCCUUUCUGUCACCCCUGCUCUUGGCAGCUGUGAUUGCCCUGUCCCACUGUGACUACAAGCAUCACUGGCAAGAUGUCCUGGUUGGAUCUGCCAUGGGCCUGACCUUCGCCUACGUCUGCUACCGGCAGUACUACCCUCCCCUGACGGAUGCUGAGUGCCACAAACCACUGCAGCGCAGCCCUGCUCUCCCCACCACAGAGAAGCAGCCCGGCGCCCCUUACCAUUUUGCUGUUUAGAAACUGGAGCUGCCUCCACGGAGAACAGGUGAACCAGCCCCUCCUAAGAGGACCACGCCCAGGACAGGAACUUCUGACCUUUUACCUCAUGAGAGGCACAAGUGAGGACAGAAGCCCCCAAGGUUAUGCGGGUUUGCCCCCCACUUGAGUGGAUUCAUCGCAAGGAGUCAAGUCCAUUUUCACUAUUCUCCAUCCACUGGGGGAGUGAGAUCUUUCCCUGGUCCUCCAACAGCUAAGUCUGGUCCUUCGGCUGGUGCCCCAGGAUCUCUGGUAUGUUUACAUUUAAUACUAUUCUUCACAAAGAAGCCUUUCCAUUAGCCCCAUUUUAUUCUAGAAGCUAGUGUUGAUUAUCAACAAUUUUCAUUUCCCAUAGCUCAAAAUCCUAAAAUCCAGGACAUGAGCAAUUACAUUUUUUUUUCUUUUUUGGCUUCAUCCUUGGCAUGCAGAAGUUCCGGGCCAGGGAUCAAACCUGAGCCACAGCAGUGACACCACCAGAUCCUUAACUGGUAGGCCACCAGGGCGCUCCAAAAUUAUUUUAGGUUUACUUUUACUGGUGACAACUCCAUCAAGCCUUAAAGAGGAAAAUGUCCAAUUCUGGCUAAUUUACCUCUGUUACACAUAUCUCUUUCUUGUUUUUGUCUUUUUAGGGCAGCAUCCACAGCAUACAGAAGUUCCCAGGCUAAGGGUUGAGUCCAAGCUGCAUCUGCGACCUACACCACAGUUCACGGCAAUGCCGGAUCCUUAACCUACUGAGAUGGAACCCGCAUCCUCAUGGAUACUAGUUGGGUUCAUUACUACUGAGCCACAACAGAACUCGUGUUAGGCGUAUCUUAUCAAGUCCAGCCAAAUACUGCUCUCCAUUUUGAAUACUGUGAACAUGACUCAGUAACUCAACAAAUCAUCACAUCAGUUAACACAAUAAAAAAAGAAAGAAAAUGGUCAAGAGUGUGGCUUCUGUACUGAGAGUGAUCCUUUGUUCUGAACUGUGCUCGCUGCCUCUUUCCGUCUACUCACAAAUGCACCAACGCUGCCAAGCGGCCACGGCAGGAGAGGAGAAGCACAGACGCCAUUCUCUGGAGGACACAUGCUGCCUCUCCUGCCCUUCCUCACAGUGGCUGCAGCGAACAAAGGACGGGACAUCAUCGGAACUGAUGCGCCACACCCUGCAACUGCCUUCGUCUUUACUGCGAUCAUACUUUAGAUAUGACCUUGUUUUGUGUAUUUCUUUCUAUAGCAUUUUCAGUGUAUCUUUCUCCCUUAGUAAAUAACGAUAUUCAAAUGAAA